UAGUACAUAUCAAUACCUAACCCAUGUGACGAAGAUUUCCUCGGGCUUUAUUGGUCCUUGGUUCAAUACCAAUUAUAUAGUGUUUACUAUAAAGUGCUGUUAUAUCAGUCAUUAGCACGGUACCACCUGUGACAGGGGAACACUUAACAGGGAUACAGUAGUAUACAAAAGAUAGGAUUUUUGACUGUGAUAGAGUCAGCUUCUCAGUAAAACCAGUAGAACAGGUACACAGUCUAUGCAAACAUUUCAUCAGACAAAAGAUGAGACUGACUUUACUGCUUCUCGAACUUUUCUUACUUACCAUCAAUGAUGUAUUUUGUCAAACAAGGACCGAUUUUAUACGAGCCUUACUAGUAGAUUAUGACAACAGAAUCACGCCUAAUUUUGAGCAAAACAUUCCAACCGAGGUAGAAGUGAGUCUAUUCAUUAACUCAAUUGAUUCAAUAAGUGAAGAGACUAUGGAUUUUACAAUGAACACAUUUGUACAGCAAGAGUGGAAAGAUCCUCGUUUAGAAUUCCAUGGUUUUAUUGACGUCGAAUAUCUUGAAUUGGAUGCUGGUUUAAUCAAAGAAAUAUGGGUACCAGAUCUCUACUUUACCAAUGAAAAGGUUGCAUCUUUCCAUGAUGUGACUGUACCCAAUAAAAUGUUACACCUCUUCAGCGACGGCAGAAUUGUGUACAGAUUAAGAAUUUCCUUGAAAGCAUCCUGUCCCAUGGAUCUGUACAAGUACCCUAUGGAUGAACAGACAUGUUCGUUGUAUCUUCAAAGUUUUGCAUUUACAACUAACGGAAUAAUAUUUAAAUGGAAAAACGAUUCGGCGGUUCAAAAAAGUAACAGAUUUGAAUUGCCACAAUUUCGAUUGGUUGGAAAUGGUACAUUGGAAUGUAAUGAAAGCUAUGGAACAAACGGGAAUGCAUCAUUUAGUUGUAUACAGCUGAAUCUUCACUUUAAACGGAACAUUGGUUAUUAUAUGAUACAGUUCUUUGUACCUAGCGUGAUGAUUGUUUUACUCUCCUGGGUCUCGUUCUGGUUGACGAUCGACGCUGUUCCAGCACGAAUCUCGUUAGGUAUUCUCACUGUUUUAACCAUGACGACACAGAGAUCAGCGGGUACUGCGUCACUUCCGAGAGUAUCAUACAUUAAAGCUAUAGACGUUUGGAUGGGAGCUUGUUUAGUUUUUGUAUUUGCUGCGCUGUUAGAAUUUGCGUUUGUAAACGUAAUGGAACGGCGGCAGAUCAGACGAGUUCAAAGUGUUCGACUCAAAGGGAAUGGAGAAAGUAAACCUUGUCUGGAAAAGUUGGAAAGGAAUGUUUCAAGGCGACCAAUGACCGGUCACAAGAAAGCCAAGACAAUAGACAAUGUUUCACGUGUUAUAUUUCCUAUAUCUUUUAUAUUAUUUUGUGUUGUGUAUUGGGUGUAUUACGUAAUGUGAUUACAGGAAAACAAUCAUUCAAUUUGUAUAUUAACAUUGAUAUAAUUUCAUACAAUUCAUCGCGUAGUGAACUGAAAUGCAAUUAUAUGGAUAUAGGAAGAUGUGGUGUGAGUGCCAAUGAGACAACUUUGUUCUCUUAUUUUUUUGGUGUUAUCUACAAGUUUCGUAUCUAUCGUACUGUCAAAUUCCAGUCCGAAACGGAUUGUUCUGGCCAUUCAGCACGACAAAGCGACCAGUACCAAACUAACAUAAUAAAUUUAAAUUUGUAUGUAAUUCAUUUCUCCUUUUUAUCAUUAUUAAGAUAAGAUUAAACGUUUUGACAAUUCGUCUUUUUAGCAUCUAAAGGACUAUGAGUAAUCUCAUUGUUAGAACCCAAUAAAGCCAGCAGUAGUAUCAUGCUGUUCAAAACUCAUCAAUCCAUGUACAAAAAACAACAUAUGGAUAACAAACUAAAACCGAGGGAAACGCAUUGAAUAUAAAAGGAGAACAACGACAUAACACUAAAAUGUAACACACACAGAAACGGAUCGAGCAUCAGAUAUAAUCCCACGAGAAUAACACAUAUAAAAUCAAAACCAAAUACAUGAAUUUUGGGAUAGACACGUACCGUGACACGUCUUAUCGCAUUGUUAAUUUACACUCAAAAAGUAUAGAAAACAAACGACGCAAUGUUAAGUGUAACACACACAGAAACGUAAUAUAGAAAAUAACGUUACGUCAUUGGUUCAAUUUCCAUUAUUCAGAUGUUUUAAACCAAUCACAACGUUUUGGGGUACGUUUAAGAAAAUAUAACAUAGAAUGCAUUACAUUCUUAUUAGGCAAAUUUCCAAAAAAAAAUAUUCAUUUUGUUCGUCGUACCAUUUACAUUAAUGGGUUAAGUGACUUAAAGACCCAAAACGAUCGGGUGUUCUAAUGAUUGUUUUUAUA